UCUUUAGUGUGUGACACUGUGCUGUACUGUGCUAAACUGUCUAAUAUUACCCUAUUGUGUACCAUAGUAUGCUAAAGUGUGCCAAACUGUGUCGAAAAUGUGCCAUUGUGUGCUAUAUACUGUUUCACUUGUCCAAAUUUGACCACUUUGGCACACUUAGUUAUUUUCACUACGGAAUGAACAGAAAAACAUAACUUCGAAUUUUUUGACAAGACGAUUUAGCAUAAGUUAUAAUAUCACUAAUUGAUAUAACUUUAGCAAAAUUUACUAUAAUGCAUAAUAAUCAUUAGAAUAAUUGUUAUUAUAAUCAUAAUGAUAAAAUUUAUUGAAUUUCUGACGAAAUAUAACAAUUUUAAAGUUUCUAAUGUAAUAAAAAAAUAUAUUGUUGUUAUAAUAAAAAUUAUCUAAAACCUUAUAAUUUUGAGGAUGAUGUAAGUUUGUCCAUACUUUACUAUGUAUUAUAGUAAUUUUUAAUAGACUUUGAAUAAUUUUUAUUAUAGCAUUUCUCGUCGUGUAAACUAAAAAAUUAACGUUACAAUGUAAAAAAUAAAAUUUUUUAAAACUUUACCAUCUGUGUAACAUUUGCUUAGAACUCCGAUUGUGAAAACCAAUAUUUUUAUUUUUCAACACUUCAAAUUUUUUUGUUUUAAUCAAUUAUUAAAAAAUGAAUAGUAAUUUAUUUAUUUUUACAGUAUAAGCUGUUUUUUGUGGAAUUCUUCAUAUAUAAUCCUUACACCAAUAGACAUAUAAUGAAAAAUGAAGAAAUAUAAAAAAUUGUAAUAGAAAAUAGUAAAUUUAAAUAAAAUAUAAAAAAUUUGUAAAAUUUGAUAUAAUAAAAUCAUAGAUUUCGUAGCAUUAAUUUUGCUGUUUACCAGGGGUAGUUUUAAUUGUAAAAAAAUGUAAUUAAUUAUAUAACCGCGUUCAGACGUAUAAUUUAAAUAUCUGAUUAUUAAUUUAAAUAUUUUCAUUGUCAAUAUAAAAAGAAAGAUUCAUGUGUAUUAUUGUAUGUACAUCUAAAGUACAAUCUUUCCAAAAGUUGCAUGACAAAUUUUAUUUUAUAAAUGUUGUAAUUGAAUGAACUUAUUCAAUGUUAUUACUGAACAUUAAGUUGGGCAUAUUCGCUUAGAAUUAAUAAAGGAUCAAGAGCAACAACUUUGCGCAUCUAGUACAGUACAGUAAACAGGGAUCACAGGGAACAUCAGGCGAGUGUGUAUACACGUGACGUAGGUAUAAGGUAGUCCACGUCAAGUCAUCGACGUGCAUGUGUCAUUUCAAUAGAAGAAUAUUAGUCAUUAAAAAAAAUAGAAGAAGCGGGUGUUACACCAGCAAUCACAUACUAAUUAAAAUAAGUAUCUAUGUGCUAAAAUGAUAUAACUUAUCUAACGUGAAUUUAAUAUAUCGAGGAGAAUAAAUACAAAUAAAUACGACAUACAUGUGUGCUUAACCUAUUUUAGAUUUACUUUAUGAGUAUCCAAUGCUUAUAAUUAAAAAUAUCAAGUUUAUUAGAAAAUUUAAAAACUGACAACAUCAACACGUGAUUUAUAAUUUUUAGCUUGGACGGGGUGUUACACAUUUAAACCUUAAUAUUGGUGAAAGUAAGAGUUCGAUCCGGAAUACGACCAUCAAAAAAUUCAUGGAGAUACCUUUUCAUAGUACAAAAGUUCCUGUAUGGGUCCCAGAAUGGCAGAGACCCUGUAUCUUUGGCUAAAAAUGAAGAUAACUAUAAAUUUGUGUUAAAAUGAUUAAAAUUUAUAUUUAAAGCUUGUGGCAAAGCUUAUGAAUUGCUUGGAGCAUUCCUACAAAAAUCACAGAGAUAGCAAACAUCCAAAUAAAGAAAGGCAUCAGACACAUCCACACUUUGUGAUACCAUGUUCAGUCGCAUCUGGACAUUAAAAAUAAUUUACUACUAUUUAACACUGCUUCAGCAGCAAACUUUAGGUUCUCCAAUAUGGUCACAAAGAGAAACGGAAAUUUUAUCAACCAAUUGGACGGAGAUGGCGGAUGAAUGGAUUAAAGCUAAGGAUCGAAUUGCUGAAAGAAUAAGCAUUACUUUAUUGCCCUCAAAUAAUAAGAUUCAUGAACUUCCACCCAUAUCUCCUAGUUUCAUUUUUACAAAUUCUGUCGAUGUAGAUCAGUUAACACGGAUGAACUACUCCCGCAUGUUAUGGGAUAUGGAAUACAGUCAGAAAUCUGGGCACUUAUCUCUUUUUGUUGAUAAAGCCAUGAAGUUAUUAGACCUACGGCAAGUCAUGACUGAAGUUGAAACAUCUGUAAUGUCAAAAGUUUCUUGUACUGCCUGCAAAGUAGGCGCCGGUUUACUGCAACAUUUUAUAAAAGCUGGAAAAAGUGAAGAAGAAAUUUUGAAUAGUAUUUUUCAGUUCUGUGUUUCUCUCAAGAUUCAAAGUGUCAGAGUAUGUCAGGGUAUCACACUUCUUAUGGGUGGUGAAGUAAUAUAUGUAUUAAAAGAAGUUGAAAUGUCAUCUGCGCAAAUAUGUAGCUUUGUAAUUGGAGAUGCUUGUGAGGAUGUAUACAAUCCACUACAUGAUUGGGAAGUUGUGUUUCCGCCAGUUAACAAACCUACUAUAAAGCCACCAGUAUCUCCACUUGAAGGUGCUCCAAACUUCAAAGUAUUACAUAUCUCAGAUACUCAUUAUGAUCCAUACUAUCAAGAGGGUACGAAUGCUGAGUGUAACGAACCACUUUGUUGCCGAUUGACUAACGGGCCUGCCUUGACGCCAUCUGCAGCGGCUGGAAAGUGGGGAGACUAUAGAAAAUGUGACACACCUAAGCGUACUGUUGAUCAUAUGUUAAACCAUAUAGCCGCAACGCAUCCGGAUAUAGAUUAUAUAAUCUGGACAGGUGAUUUACCGCCACACGAUGUCUGGAAUCAAACCAGAGAUGAAAAUUUAAAAAUCCUACGUGACACUGUUAAACAAAUGGUAAAGACAUUUCCGGGAGUACCUAUUUUCCCAUCUCUUGGAAAUCAUGAAAGUGCUCCAGUAAAUAGCUAUCCACCACCAUUCGCUCCCGAGGAUAACAGUAUAGCUUGGCUUUACAAUGAGCUGGAUGAACAAUGGAGACAAUGGUUACCAGCCGGAACCUCCAAUACUGUAAAAAGAGGGGCAUUUUAUUCAGUGCUUGUCAGACCGGGUUUUCGUAUACUUUCAGUCAAUACUAAUUAUUGUAAUAACAAAAAUUGGUGGUUACUCAUGAAUAGCACUGAUCCCGUAAGUGAAUUACAGUGGUUGAUUUAUGAACUUCAAGGAGCCGAAAUAAAUAAUGAGAAAGUUCAUAUUAUUGGACACAUACCACCAGGUCAUUCAGAUUGCUUGAAAGUAUGGUCAAGAAAUUAUUACCACAUAAUAAAUAGGUAUGAGUCAACGAUAACUGCACAGUUUUUUGGACAUACUCAUUACGAUGAAUUUGAAGUCUUUUAUGAUACAGCAGAUCUUGGGCGAGCCUUAAGUAUUGCAUACAUUGGUCCCUCCGUUUCACCAUAUUAUGACCUUAAUCCUGGUUAUCGGAUUUAUUACGUUGACGGUGAUCAUCCUAAAACCACUAGGAUGGUAAUCGAUCACGAAAGUUGGGUUAUGAAUCUCAAGGAAGCAAAUCUCUAUGACUUUCCAAUAUGGUAUAAAUCAUACAGUGCUCGACAAACCUUUCAAAUGCCGUCAUUGUUACCAAAGGAUUGGGACUCACUUAUAGAUAAAAUGACAAAUGAACCAAAUGUAUUUGACAUUUAUUACAAGCAUUAUUACAAAAAUUCACCCGUGAGACCUCUAUGUAACGAUGAAUGCAAAAAAAGAUUAUUAUGUGAUUUACGCAGUGGACGAAGUCACGACCGUAAAGCACUUUGCCAAAAUCUUGAAACUAGGAUUAAUGGCGAUACCAAGACAGGAUGGCGAGCAUGGAUAUACAACGGUCUAGCUCUUUCAAUGUCAGUUGUGAUGUCAAUACCUAGAUUUGCUUACAAUUUACCAAAGUACGUUUUGGGUCUUGUAUAGAAGCAGAUAAUGAAUGUCAAAAAUUUUUGUAAAAGUUACGAGAAAUGUAAAUUAAUCGUACCAGAUUCAUGUUUGAAGUAUGUGUAUAAAAUAUGUUUUUGCAUUGUAAAUACAAGAAAUAAUUUUCUAACAAUAUAUAUUAAUCUAACAAUUUA